AUGAAGCCGUCCCUGGCAUUUGCUUCUGUCACAGCCUUGUCCUGUAGCUUGGCUACCGCCGCGCCGCCUUCCAACUACCCCAAUUGGAAGACGUUCAAAGCCAAUGGGGUCAACCUUGGUGGUUGGCUGCAUCAGGAAGCCGUAAUCGAUCCCAGGUGGUGGAACCAGUACGCGCCUGGUACACCUGAUGAGUGGGAUUUUUGUGAAAAGCUCAAAUCGCGAUGCGGUCCUGCCUUGGAGCAGCGAUACGCCUCUUACAUUACGACCAAAGAUAUCGAUACUAUGGCUGCAGCUGGAAUCAACGUCAUCCGAGUGCCGACUGGAUAUAAUGCUUGGGUCACUGUCCCAGGAUCCCAGCUUUACAGUGGCAAUCAAGCUCGUUUUCUGAGAGCCAUAUCUGAUUAUGCUAUCAAGAAGCAUGGCAUCCACGUCAUCCUCGACAUUCACUCGCUCCCUGGCGGUCUGAACAGCAUGGGGCUGGGCGAAAAGGAGGGGAACUAUGGCUGGUUCCAGAACCAGACCGCUCUUGAAUAUUCUUACAAGGCCGUCGACGCUGCCAUCAAGUUCAUCCAGGGAUCUGAUGUUCCCCAAGGCUUUACCCUGGCCCCCAUCAACGAACCGGUUGACAAUCGAGAUAUUACAAAGUUUGGCACGCCUGAAGCAUUGAGUGAUCAAGGGGCUGCUUGGGUUCUUCAGUACUUCCAAGGUGUCGUUUCGCGCGUUGAAAAAGUGAACCCCAAGAUACCCAUCAUGCUUCAGGGUGGCUUUCGACCUGUCGACCACUGGGCCAAGUACUUUGCUGCCAGCACUAAUCUCGUCUUUGAUGUCCACAACUACUACUUCGCUGGCCGCCCGACUACCUCGCAAAAUCUUGCCGGAUUUAUCUGCAGUGAUGCCAAAAACACUGCUUCGCCAAAGUUUCCCGUUUUUGUCGGCGAGUGGUCCAUCCAGGCUGCCACCAAUAACACGUUUGCCAGUCGGGCGCGGAAUCUCAAUACUGGUCUCAAGGCUUGGGCUGCGUAUACUCAAGGAAGCGCUUACUGGACUUGGAAAUUCUUUGGAAAUGAGCCGGUUGAUGGCGAGGGUACUCAAGGCGACUACUGGAACUACUCCGACUUUGUGAAGAUGGAUAUCGUUGACCCAUCGUCGGGGGCUACUUGUAAAUGA